CAAAGGGAAAUUGUGCUUCCGAUGGGGUGGGGACAGAGAAGUAAAGGACAGACGGAUGUGCAGACAGGGGGCUGGAGAGAGGGAAUCAGGUUCCGAGAAGCAGCUGGAAAUCACUCUCCACCUUGACAGCUUCUUCUCAAAGGCAAUGCACACGCAGGCAUCGGGGGCAGAGGAGAGAAGGCUUGCCUCAAAGGUGUAAAAGGAGCCACCACGUGGGUCACCUAGGUGCUCAAGACCCUGGACUGUAAAGUGCUUGAACCUUCCAGGAGCCUGGACAACACUUUCACCCAGAAGCUUCCCUUCCCUUACGCAGGACAGGAGGCUGCUACCCAUUGCUUCUUUCACCUCCGGGCAGAGACUUCUAACAGCCCCUGCUGGCAGAUGCCACCAUGCCAGGCCGGCUCACCCUGUACGAUCUUUGCCCCUUCCUUCUCCCCUGGUUGCUCACCAUCUCCCACAGAGCGCUGGGGGACUCAGGUAAGGCCCAGGCCAGCCCAGCACAUGGAGCACGCGGGCAGAGGCUCCGGGUGGGCGGUGCUAAGGGCAACCGUGGCGGUACCCAGGGCACAGAGUCUGCGCAGAGUGAGUAAAGGGGUGGGCCGGACCGCCUCUCGGGGCAGGAUCUGGGUGGGCACAGGGCAGCUAGGGCCAGGGAGUCCCUGCCACUGUGGCCCCCUCUGCUCAGCACCCCACCCCAGCCCCCACUACCUCCUGCCUCCCAUCCACGAGGUCAUUCACUCUCGACGUGGGGCUACGGCCACACUGCCUUGCGUCCUGGGCGCCUCGCCUCCCAGCUACAAGGUGCGUUGGAGCAAAAUAGAACCGGGGGAGCUCCGCGAAACGCCGAUCCUCAUCACCAACGGGCUGCAUGCAAGGGGCUACGGGCCCCUGGGAGGUCGCGCCAGGCUGCGGCGGGGGCAUCGGCUCGACGCCUCCCUAGUGCUGGCGGACGUGCACCUGGAGGAUGAGGGUCGCUACCGCUGCGAGCUCAUCAACGGGAUGGAGGACGAGAGCGUGGCGCUGACCCUGCGCCUGGAGGGUGUGGUGUUUCCGUAUCAGCCCAGCCGGGGCCGCUACCAGUUCAACUACUUCGAGGCGAAACGCGCGUGCGAGGAACAGGACGGGCGCCUGGCCACCUACGGCCAGCUCUACCAGGCGUGGACCGAAGGGCUGGACUGGUGCAACGCCGGCUGGCUGCUCGAGGGCUCGGUGCGCUACCCGGUGCUCACCGCCAGGGCCCCGUGCGGCGGCCCCGGCCGGCCCGGCAUCCGCAGCUACGGGCCCCGAGACCGUGCGCGCGACCGCUACGACGCCUUCUGCUUCACCUCGGCGCUGGCCGGCCAGGUGUUCUUCGUGCCCGGGCGGCUGACGCUGUCCGAGGCGCACGCGGCGUGCCGGCGGCGCGGGGCCGUGGUGGCCAAGGUCGGCCACCUCUACGCCGCCUGGAAGUUCUCGGGGCUGGACCAGUGCGACGGCGGCUGGCUGGCGGACGGCAGCGUGCGCUUCCCCAUCACCACGCCGCGGCCGCGCUGUGGGGGCCUCCCGGACCCCGGGGUGCGCAGCUUCGGUUUCCCCGGGCCCCAGCAGGCGGCCUAUGGGACCUACUGCUACACAGGGACAUAGGCGCCCCGGGGAGUGGAGCGGGGUUCUGCGCUUCCCGGCGAGGGAGGGAAGGGAGGGACCUGCACCCCUCCCCCGCGCGCGCGAUGGUACGGAUGUGGCUCGUGGACCGCGGGUCCUGGGGCGCCCCGAGCAUUCACAGCAAUAAAAUGACGUGGCACCUGCUGUAUCUGAUAA